GUUUCCGCGACGCAGCCUUCCCCCUCUAGCUAGCUAAAUGGUCCGCAACAUCAACAUUUAGAAAUUGGUCUGUUACAUAUUACACUAAGAGCGACAACUGGCAGUACGUGAUGUCUGCUCAGAAGCGCCCUUGUGACUCUAGUGGUUCUGGUCCUCCUGGUGCCCCCCCUGAGAAGCGGAGGGAGAGGGAGGGCACCGAGGAAGCUGAGAGUCUUAAUACAGGGGCAGGGGCAAGCACUGCAGUGGAAACGGUUAUCAAACUUGGAGGUGUCUCCAAUUCGGAAGAGCAGGAUAUUAAGGCACUGUUGGUGAAAAAUAGAAAGCUAGGAGAGGCCCUGGAUCAAAGACAGGUUAUUGAGGAUGAGUUGAGAGAAAGAGUGGAAAGGCUUGAGACUCGCCAGGCUACAGAUGAUGCUAGUUUACUUAUCCUCAACAGAUACUGGAACCAGUUUGAUGAGAACGUGCGGUUAAUUGCUUACCGCUACGACCAAUCAGGGAGUGAACCCAUUGACAGCCAGCCUGGGGAGGGGCGGGGCCUAAAGCCAGGCACACCAGAGCCAGACGGGGACUCUAAUCAGGAGCGAGCAAAGGACAGAGGUCAACAGGGUGAAGGAGCAAGCUCGUUUCUUGCUAUAUUGGCCAGUAGCAGCAGUGAAGAGAUGGAAGCAGAACUGCAGGAGAGGGUGGAAUCUAGUUGCAAGCAAGCCAGUCAUGCGGUAGAAAUUUACAAGAGCUUGAACAGCACUGUAGAUGAACUGAAGAAAGACCUGGAGUCUGGCACUGAGGGAAUUAUCUGGGAGGUUGGCACCUGCCUCAACACCCUAGUGGCCAAUGAAAAUGAACGUCUUCGUCAGCUUACUGACAACCUCAAGCAAAAAUAUAGUCACAUGACCAGUGAGUCACGUUCCCUGGGCCGUGCUGCCACUCGUGCUGAUAACAGAAUUAGUGAGCUGCAGGCGCUCAUAGAGGAACUGCAGUGGGAUACAGAGAAGGUUCGCCGGCGAGAAAACCGUCUCAACACACACCUGGGAGAAGUGCUGGAGAGGGUGAACAGUAAAGGCUAUAAGGUGUGUGGUGAGGCCAGCAGUGUUUGUGGGACCAUUACUAUCAAUAAGAGAAAGUUUGAAGAGAUGAACAGUGAGUUGGAGGAGAACAGGGAACUGGCAGAGAACCGGCUGAGUGAGCUGCAGAAGCUGCAGCAAGACCUGCAGGGAGUUGUGCAGGAGAACAGCAGUAUGAAGGCAGAGCUGAUGUCCCGGGCUGAGGGAGUGGUGAGGGAGACUGCAGAGUAUCGCUGUCUACAGUCUCAGUUCUCAGUGCUUUACAACGAGUCUCUGGUGCUGAAAGCCCAGCUGGACGAGACCCGAGCUCGCCUUAACACCACGAGAGCUGCCCGCCUCCGCCAGCUUGACCACAUGGAGAACGACGAAGUCUCUUUGCAGCGCAAAGUUCGUACAGAGGUGAUCCAGCUGGAGGACACCCUCGCACAAGUGCGGAAGGAGUAUGAGAUGCUGAGGAUCGAGUUUGAGCAAACGCUUGCUGCCAAUGAGCAAGCAGGCCCCAUAAACCGGGAGAUGCGUCACCUCAUCAGCACACUACAGACACACAACCAGCAGAUGAAGGGUGAGGUGGUCAAGUACAAGCUAAGGCUACGAGAAGCCCAGCAAGAUCUCAACCAGCUCCGUGCUGCGAAGGGCAGUGCUGCCCUCCAAUCACAGUCGAGCACAGAGAUGGACAUAAAAGAAGAGACUGCCUCCCCUUUAAUGCCGGCCACCUCUGGAGAUGUCAUUGUGAAGGCGGGACCAGAUAAUGGUUCAGUCACGCCCACAAGCACUGGCUUCUCAAUUAAGACUGAACCUGGAAUAGAACCAGAAGGAACUGUGGAAGAGAAAGAGAAAGAAAAGGAGAAGGAGAAAGAAAAAGAGAAAGAACAGAGAGAGAGGGUGACUCGUGGGAGUGGUGUGGGUGGACUGAUAAAGGAGGAGAAGGAAAAGCCAGGCACCAGCAGUGGCCAAUCAGAAGACCCACCCGCAGAACGCUGCACUGUUAUUGGAGGGCCCAAGCGUAAGGAGGUGGAGCAACUGAAGAUCAUCCGGGCAGAGCUUAAGAAAGCCCAGGAGUCUCAGAGAGAGAUGAAGCUCUUGCUGGACAUGUAUCGUUCUGCACCUAAAGAGCAGAGGGACAAGGUGCAACUCAUGGCUGCAGAGAAAAAGUCCAAGGCUGAGGCGGAGGAGCUGCGUCAGCGCCUUCGGGAACUGGAGGAGCGGGAGAGGAGAGAAGGGAAGAAAAUGGCAGAUGAGGAGGCUCUGAGGAAGAUCCGCUGUGUGGAGGAACAGAUUGACAUCCUCAACAAGAAACUCUCCAUUGCCAAGCAGGAGGAGGAUGCCUUGUUGAGUGAGAUGGACGUCACCGGGCAGGCCUUUGAGGACAUGCAGGAGCAGAACAUCCGACUGAUGCAGCAGCUACGUGAGAAGGAUGAUGCCAAUUUCAAGCUGAUGAGCGAGCGCAUCAAGUCCAACCAGAUCCACAAGCUCCUGAAAGAGGAGAAGGAGGAGCUGGCUGACCAGCUGCUCACGCUCAAGACCCAGGUGGAUGCGCAGUUACAGGUUGUUAGAAAGCUGGAGGAGAAAGAGCGCCUCCUGCAAGGCACCAUUAGUGCUGCAGAGAGAGAACUCUCACUACGUACACAAGCCCUAGACAUGAACAAACGCAAGGCUCAGGAGUCUGCACUGCAGUCGGAGGAGCUGCGGGGUCAGCUGGAGGGCGUGCAGCAGAGACUGAAAGCGGUGCGAGAGGAGGUGAUCGAGAACAGCAUCUCCAGAGAAAAAGAGUCCUUUAAUGCCCGCCGCGCACAGGAAGACAUUUCCAAACUGCGCAGAAAAAUCGAGAAAGCCAAGAAACCUGCUGAGAACAUACGCAACGGGGAUGAGAUUCUGAACGAGGAAAUUAACGAAUACAAGGCACGUUUGACGUGUCCAUGCUGUAACUCGCGUGUGAAGGACGCCGUGCUGACCAAGUGCUUCCAUGUCUUCUGCUUCGAGUGCGUGAAGACACGCUACGACACUCGCCAGAGGAAGUGCCCCAAGUGCAAUGCCGCCUUUGGUGCCAACGAUUUCCAUCGCAUCUACAUUGAAUAGGCUUGCGAGCCUCUGCAGCUGCAAUGCCACUGUUGCAUCCCCCCCCAUCCCCAAAACCUCCAACGAAUUGUGGUGUUGUUAGGUUCACUAGAUGUAGAUGAUUUUGCUAUGAAGGAUGUUCUAUUGUUGAGGUUCUUUGCUCACCACAGACACCAUCAGCUACAAAUCGACAUUCCGUCACGGACAGGUUGUGAUGCGAGCCAUUUUGGUUUAAGGAACAACUUGCCCUGAUUAUUCAGGCUUAUUGCAGUUUGCUGUUGCUUCAUUCCACCUCAACCAGUUUGGCUUCCUAGUCCUCAGGGCUUGGUGUCUCCAUCAACAUCGUUAGCGAUAGUCUAGAGACUUGCUCUUAACUGCCUGAUAGACUGCCGAGUAGUUUAUUAGCAGUCAAUAAAUAUUAAUCGAGUCUCCUAGACACUGUUUUUUGUACUUUUACGUUUGUUUGUUUUUGUUUUUUUUUCAAAACUGCCUAGUUAUGAUGGUCGAGUGAUUGCUUUGUUGCAAUUCAUUAAAAAUGCUGUUGAACUGUGUA